AUGGCCGUUAAUUCAUUUGAUGAAGAGUGUGAUUAUCUGUUCAAGGCUGUUCUGAUAGGGGAUUCAGCAGUUGGGAAAUCAAAUAUUCUUUCAAGAUUGUCCAAAAAUGAAUUUCAUUUAGACUCUAAACCAACCAUAGGAGUUGAAUUUGCUUACAAGAAUAUUAGGGUAGGUGAUAAGCUCAUCAAGGCUCAGAUAUGGGACACUGCUGGACAGGAAAGAUUUAGGGCCAUCACAAGUUCGUACUACCGUGGAGCACUAGGUGCCUUGCUCGUCUACGACAUAACGAGGCGGGCGACGUUUGAGAAUCUGAAAAAAUGGCUUUAUGAAGUAAGGGAAUUUGGAAGCUCAGACAUGGUGAUUAUUCUUGUUGGCAACAAAUCUGAUUUGAGUAAUUCAAGAGAAGUCAAUGUAGAAGAUGGGCAAAGUUUGGCACAAUUAGAAGAAAUAGCUUUUAUGGAAAUAUCUGCUAAAGAGAAUUUGAAUGUGGAAGAGGCAUUUCAUCAGAUGGUUAGAAGAAUUCAUGAAAUAAACAGCAAAAAAGACUUGGAAAUGAAGAAAACAAAUGAUGAAAGGGCUGGUUCAAUCCUGCAGGGGACAAAAGAAAUUAUAUGCAUUGAUGAAGUAUCUGCCUCUACAAAAACUAGUCAUUGUUGUUCAUAUUGA